CGUUGGGAAGCCGCUGCAGCCGCUGUUCUAGCAGCCCCGUCGCUUCCAGCUUACAGCCGGUGCGGAGCAGAGUGGGGGACUGCCCGGUGUCCGUCCCGGCCCGCUGAAAGUCACCAUGCCCUCCACCUCUGCCUCGGGCUCGGCCGGCCGCCCCGCGCCCGACUACUGGAUCGACGGCUCUAACAAGGACACCCUGACACACUACUUCGAUCUGGAGUCCGAGCUGGGACGUGGGGCUACAUCCAUUGUCUACAGAUGCAGGCAGAAAGGGACCCAGAAACAUUACGCCAUCAAAAAGUUGAAGAAGACAAUAGACAAGAAAAUUGUUCGUACGGAAAUUGGAGUUCUUCUUCGCCUCUCACAUCCCAACAUUAUAAAACUGAAGGAGAUAUUUGAGACCCCUACAGAUAUCAGCCUUGUUCUGGAAUUGGUCACAGGUGGAGAACUAUUUGACAGGAUUGUGGAAAAGGGUUAUUACAGUGAACGAGAUGCUGCUGAUGCUGUUAAACAGAUCCUGGAAGCGGUUGCAUACCUGCAUGCAAAUGGGAUUGUGCAUCGUGAUUUGAAGCCAGAAAAUCUGCUCUAUGCAACACCAGCCCCAGAUGCACCACUGAAAAUAGCUGAUUUUGGGCUUUCCAAGAUUGUGGAGGAUCAGGUGACCAUGAAGACAGUUUGUGGAACUCCAGGGUACUGCGCACCAGAGAUACUACGAGGAUGUGCCUAUGGCCCCGAAGUGGACAUGUGGUCUCUAGGGAUCAUCACCUACAUUCUACUUUGUGGCUUUGAACCAUUUUAUGAUGAAAGGGGAGAUCAGUACAUAUAUAAGAGAACCCUGAACUGUGAAUAUGACUUUGUGUCCCCCUGGUGGGAUGAUGUGUCUCUGAAUGCCAAGGAUUUAGUUAAAAAGUUAAUUGUUUUAGAUCCCAAGAAACGCCUCACCACUCUACAGGCUUUGCAGCAUCCAUGGGUCACAGGAAAAGCAACAAAUUUUGCACACAUGGACAACGCACAAAAGAAGCUUCAAGAAUUCAAUGCCCGGCGUAAACUUAAGGCUGCAGUAAAAGCUGUUGUGGCAUCAACUCGUCUUGGCAGCGCCAGCAGUCACAGCGCUCAUGACAGCAACAAGCCCAGCUGUAGUGCAUCUCCUAUCCGUGACAGCAAGCCUGAAGAGAAAUCAACUCAGGAAGCAGAAGCAGCUCCAGAAGAAAUGUCUUAAGUCAACGCACUCCCUUAUUACAGCUGAGAUCUGUCAUUUCAUACACCAGCUAACUUGUCAUUCAGCAGGACAGAUUUGUAAGCUUGACCUCUCUGGUUCUGAUUUGGGGUGCUAAAUGCACUGCUGGUGAUUCUACCUUCAAUGCAUGUGACUACUUAUGAAAAUAAUAAACUGUUCCAUAAGGCAUGUCAAGAAAACCGUGUUAUUUGCAGUAAUGCUGGCAGGCAAAAAUAUGGGGAUGAAUAACUACCUACCAUGAUAUGUAUAUUUCAUAUACAUCUCUACAGUGUUUCUAGAUGUUGUUUGAAACAAAUACUAUUUAAUUCAGUUUAUGGAAGUAAGUGUCUUCUGUACGUCAUGAUUUUCUUUGAACUGCUUCCUUCCAUAUUCAUAAUCCUAUAGUAGGCAAAAUGGAAGGAAAUACCAAACCAGUGCUUUUAAAAAAUGUUGUAUGAAAUAAUGCUUUUUACCUGUAAAAUUUAAAAAGUAUUUGGGGAUUUAUAUGCAAGAAACAUUCCACUAUUUCUGGGAAGAAACUAGAAUAUUAGUUCUGCUGGGCAUGAAAAUGUAUGUUCCUCAAGCUUCUGUUGAGAAUGCCUUACUCUGAAUUUUCGUGUUUAUAUACAACACUUUAAUGACAACCAAAAUUACUCAGCUUCCUGCUAUUUCAUUCUCUAGUAAAGCAUUAGCCAAACAAAAUGACAGAGAAAUGGGGGAUUAAAGUAAAUUUUUGGAAUACUGUUGCAUUUAUUUGUGACUUUCUAAACUGUGCAGCUAGAAAACAUUUUUGUAGGGCCUUUGAGAAUAAUCUGCAAUUAUACAAAUUUUAAAUGCUUGAAGGAAGCUAUUCCACAAUGUAGUGAUUUUGCUCUGGGGAACCACUCUGGGAGACAGUUAGUGUUAUCUGCCUGCUUCCUAGAUAAUUUAACAUCACAAGUAACCAGUUUCCACUAGUCAGUGCAACUAGUCCAAAUUUUCCUGAGAAAGGACCUCUCAUGCAAAAUGCUCCACAAGCACAGAUCGUUCAUCCACUUAGAGCUCCUGUGUCUGAAGCUACAAGCUCUGUGCAUGCAGCAGCUUGCAAAAUUAGUAUCAGUCUCUUCAGCUGUCUUGAUCUUUGUUUGAAUGUGACCAGUAGAAAUUGAGAAACUAUCAAGCAUCAAGUAUUUAUGACUGUUUACAUUUCUUUGAUAUCACUUUGAUAGCAUGGGGAUUUCAUGUUAUUGCUAUAUUACAGAAGUGGCAAAAGGAACCUGAUGUACAACAUUGUCAUUUGUGUUUAUUAAACUUUCUGUACUAAUAGUGACCUACAUCCCUUAUACACUCAAGAUUCCUCUUUUGUUCUGUUUUUGUUUUAAGGUAGGCCUUGCACAACUUGCCUUCAAAAGGUUUACCAGCUGCAAAAGUCACUGAUAAAACAUUCAGUAGCUACAUUUCCUGAAGAAGUUAAAAUAAA